AUGCGUCCCUUUAGUUCAAUCAUCCUGGCGACAUGUGCCCUAGUGCAUUUGACCAUCGCGAACUCUUCAACUACCAUCAAGGACCACGCGUUCUCGCUGAACUCCGUACGACUGCAAGGCUCGCUCGGUGAGAGGCUGCCGACCGGGUUCCUCGAGACCUCUGCCUUAACGAUCCAACGAGCUUUGACCAUUCAGUCUUCGCUGAUACCUUUCUGUAUCCCCGGGCAGGGCACUCUCUCGGUCGCUUAGAUCUGGUUCAAGAAUCUACAUGCCAAAGGCCGAAUCCGGAUGUCUCGUACACCGAAACCACGGUCGAGGAUGAUGGGGAUUCACCCACCCCACCCCUAUGCGCGUCCAUCGAAGCCGUAGACCUCCAAGAGCCGACUCGAAGGAUCGUGCCGGUGAAGUUCGGAAAGUCGAUUGAAUCCGAACGAGCGUCUCGAGAUGUCUUUCCCAAACGUCUUGGCAGCAAAUUUCGCCGAGCUCAAACCCUGUUGUCACGGUCUGAGAUUUCCUCCCCCCUUUCUCCGUGCCUCUGCAUAACCUUCCUCCCAACUGACACCUCUUUGGUUUCUGACAUUCGCCCAGAUCACCAAGAUCCCAUCCCUCACUAUCGCAAGGCUUCAAUAAAAGCAUAG